UCAGGAUUUUGUCAGUCCUUAAAACGGAGUACCGCGGUUUGCUGAUUGUAAAGGCAGGGUUCCCAGAAGAACACCGAAGUCAAACAUCAUGCCUGCGAUCAGUAAAUGGUUGCUUGAAAUUGCCAGAUGUUAAUUCAUUAAAGGUGUCGUUUAUAAUGAAGACAGAAAUUCAUUUUGAAAAUGGCAUCUUGUCUGUGAUUUGGCAUGGCUACCUUCCUUAGCGUUAAGUAUUUUCUUCGUUGGAGCAUUUAUAGGUCAAUGGUUGUAUAUUUUAGUAAUGAACAGGUAUGGAAAGAGAGUGAGUUUUUUCUUGUUCCUGGCCAUCCAGUGCCUUUUUGGUAUCGUCACUGCCAUCUCUCCCGAUUUUGCAUAUUUUAUUGUACUUCGAUUCUUUGUUGGCAUCUCGUCCUCUGCCGUCAUCUCAUCCCCUUUUGCUUUGGCCCAAGAACUUGUAGGACCGAAGCAUAGAAAUAAAGUAUCAAUUCUUGGCCAUUCCGCCCAAAGUUCAGGUCUUAUAUUUUUAUCCGUAGCAGCUUUUCUAGUAAGAGAUUGGUCUCACAUUGCGUUGGUUACGACACUGCCAUUUGUCGCAUUUUUCUUGUUUUGGUGGGUAUUUCCAGAGUCACCUGAUUGGUUGAAGGAAAGAGGCCGGUAUGAAGAAGUCAGCAGGAUAUUUGAAGUCAUAGCACAAGCGAACGGGAGAGAGCUAACUCCUGAAUACAUCAUCAACAUGAAGAGAAGGUUCAGGAUAGAAAGGUCUAUGUUGGAAGAAAGACGAAAAAAUAAGAGGCAUGUCCCAUACACGAUAUGGGAUUUGUUUCGUGGGUCCAACACCAGCAAGAAAACCACUGCCAUUAUUUUUAUAUGGUUUACUACCACCACUGCUAGUGUAGGAUUGACGUUAUACUCACUCGAAUUAGAAGGUGACCUAUAUCUGAAUUUUUUCAUGUCCGCUGGAGCUGAAGUAGCAGCAGCCGCCGUUAUUGUGAGUGUUGUCGGCCGUUGUGGCAGACGGUGCUCUUUCUGUCUAAGUUCUGCCCUCGGCGGAGCACUCACCCUCUCAAUUGCCACAACACAAACAGAUACUACGUCCCGCUUAACAAUGUUUGUGGUGGCCAAACUUAGCAUAUCUUCAUCCUCAGUUGUUUUGCCGUUGUGGACCGGAGAACUGCUACCAGUCGUUGUCCGAUCUGUUGGAAUGCGUAUGGUCGACGUCAUAGGCUUAAUAGGGCCAAUAGCCCUGCCAUUUCUCUUUAAUCAGGGUCGAAAAACACCAGGCAUACCACUGUUGACUCUAGGCUCCCUUCAGAUUGCUGGAGCUUUAGUUGCCUUAUUGCUUCCAGAAACAAUACAUCAUAAAACUCUUUACACAAUGAAGGAUGGAGAAGAGUUUGGAAAACAUAGAACGUGGAGUGAUUGCUUGCGUGUGGGACCUCCCAGGCAAGAAGCAAAGAAUGGAAUCCUAAAAAACAGAGGUCCCCAGCCACAAUCUCCAAUACUAAGCUUGCUUCGACGUCAAGACAGUCUUCGCCGUACAAGCUCUGGAUCAGGUGAGCAGGAUCAAUCAGAUCCUCAAUCGGAAAGUUCCACAGAGCAAGGACCUGUUAUUGAAACUGUUAAAAUAACUGUUGUCUAAUUGUUUUUGUUUUUUUUAACCUCUUGCUCAUAAAUUAAUUACGCAUUUUCUAAAGAGGAAAAAUAUAUUCAACACAGGUAUCCAUCAAAAGUUCAAAUUUGUAAAAUUUUUAUGACGUUAUAGAUGACUCCUUUUAAAUUAGGAAUAUGUAUUGUUACUGAUUGUAGCGAUAUCUUUUGUAAAUAAAUGGGAAUUUCGAACUUG